AUGAUUGAGUGCGUCGGAAGCGGUCCCAGCAUCCCACUCAAGCUCUGUGUGGCAAUCUUGCGCGGCGAGGCAGAGGACAUUGGAGAAACCGAAGAAGAAUUCUUGGAUUUGAAAGAGAAACGUCUGCAGAACGACCUGCUAGUAAGCAUCUUUGCGGGUUUACGUAGUCUCCGUGAAAUCGUUCAACAUGCCGAGGCUGCAUCAUACAUCAUCAGUCAACUUUGCAUCCACGACUAA